CUAGGAUCUGGUUUUGCUAUUACACUUACUGAUGGUCAGUCUGCAUGGAUUGGGACAGUUUCUGAAUCAGAGAUUUCCCAAGAAGCUGAUGGAAAAAGAGAAAUAUGUUGAUGAGCUGAGAAAAGCGUUGGUGUUAGAAACAGGACCAGCCGAUACAUACAACUUUAAUUUUUCUAAAGAGUCUUGUCACUUCUCCUUCAAGAAAAACCUGAAAGAUGUUUCAUUCAGACUUGGUUCCUUCAACCUAGAGAAAGUUGCAAGCCCAGCUGAGGUCAUUAGAGAACUUAUUUGUUACUGCCUGGACACCAUCACAGAAAACCAAGCCAAAAAUGAGCACCUGCAGAAAGAAAAUGAAAGGCUUCUGAGAGAUUGGAAUGAUAUUGAAGGACGGUUUGAAAAAUCAAGUAGUUUUCUAGAAUGUGGAAAAGAGGCCACUCAGGCCUACAGCAACGUGGGACAGAUCGCAAACCCCUCCUUUGUGGGUCCAGAAGGAGACGCGCGCGGCAGAGAGUCCGGCGAUUGUGGCGACUGUGGCGGCCGAAGCCCAGCACUGGCGCCGGCCCAGCGCGUUUGUGAGCUGGCCCUCGGUCACACUGGGGGCCUCGAGGGGCAGGCUCAGGGUCCUUCAAUUCGAUUAGGAGGGAUCGCCCUGGCCGCCGCAGGUGGUUCAAGAACGCGCUCAGGAGCCCUGUCCUGA